CUAGUAGUAAGGUAAACACGCACACAUUUUCUCGAGAAAAAUAUAUUAAGAGUUCGUUUCAAUCCGAUCAAAUCAUACACUUUCACAUGGCGUCGCUUCGGCCUCCUAUUGGCCUGGAGAUAUUAAAUAAGAGCUACCAUUUUUAGAUUUUCUUUUUCAUUUUUUUAGUACGAUAUUUUUGACAAAACAAAGAAGAACAGGAAUCAAUCAUUCAUAGGCUCAGAUAAAUCCGAAGACAAAACAUACCCAGAUAUUGCAGUUUUUGAUCCGACGUUGGUUAGGGGAUCAACAUGUUAAGUAAAGUAAAGUUUAGUUAUUUGCCUGGUCACAUGCUAUAGCUUGUUGGUGAAAGUGGAAUGGAAAGGAGAAGAAUAGAUGAUUAUGAACCGGGACCAGUUCCUUCACCUCGAGCAGUAGAUAAAUUUGGUUUUGUGAAGCAGGAACAAACUGGUUCUCCUGAAGGUGCAAUCAAGAGCAGGUCAGUCAUUGAAUUUGAGAGGGAGGAAAGACGAGUUAGAAAAUGGAGAAAGAUGAUUGGGGUUGGAGGGAGUGAUUGGAAGCAUUAUGUUAGGCGAAGACCUCAGGUGGUCAAAAGGCGAGUAAGGAAAGGAAUUCCUGAUUGUUUAAGGGGUCUUGUUUGGCAGUUGAUCUCUGGAAGUCGGGAUCUUUUGCUGAUGAACCCUGGUGUUUAUGAGCAACUAGUAAUAUAUGAGACGUCAGCUUCAGAACUGGAUAUAAUUCGGGAUAUUUCGCGCACUUUCCCUUCUCAUGUUUUCUUCCGCCAGAGACAUGGACCUGGUCAAAGGUCUCUCUACAAUGUUUUGAAGGCAUAUUCUGUAUAUGACAGAGAUGUUGGAUAUGUUCAGGGAAUGGGUUUUCUAGCUGGUCUUUUGCUUCUUUACAUGAGUGAAGAGGAUGCAUUUUGGUUAAUGGUUGCGUUAUUGAAAGGAGCUGUCCAUGCCCCAAUGGAAGGAUUGUAUCAGGUGGGGCUACCUCUUGUGCAACAAUACUUGUUUCAGUUUGACCACUUGGUGCGGGAGCACUUGCCAAAGCUUGGAGAGCAUUUUACUAAAGAAAUGAUAAAUCCUAGCAUGUAUGCUAGUCAGUGGUUCAUAACUGUUUUCUCUUACUCUUUUCCAUUCCAUUUGGCGCUCCGAAUUUGGGAUGUCUUCCUCUUUGAGGGUGUUAAGAUUGUUUUCAAAGUUGGUUUGGCCCUCUUAAAAUACUGCCAUGAUGACUUGGUAAAAUUACCCUUUGAGAAACUCAUACAUGCUUUGCGUAACUUCCCUGAGCAUGCCAUGGAUCCAGAUACACUAUUGCCAAUGGCUUACUCAAUUAAGUAUCGGUUAAUCAUUAGGUAUCAAGGCGUUUGGAGGAACUGAAGCAUGAGUAUGAAAGGAAGAAUGAAAAAUCAGUUCAAUCAGUAGAAAGUAAUGGAAAAGAGCUGCAAUGAAUAAUCAUCUCUGAGGUUGAACUCGCAACGAUUAAUCUGAUCAAUCCGUACACCCCGAUUCUUUUUUUUUUUUUUUUUUUUUUAAUUUUUGGUCUCUCUCUCUUUCUGCAUCGGCAACUAUAUUGUAUGAAGAGAUGUAAAUCUAAAUGUUGAGGUUUUUUUGUGGUGGGCUGAUUCUGCCAAAGCCCCUUGCUUAAUAUUGUUAGAGUUGUGAAUAAUAAGAAUUGUAUGUUCAGUUGAGAAUGAAGAUGGUCCAUCUCUUGCUUUUUUUUUCA